AACUCAUUCUUCUAUCCAACUCAGAAAUUUAUCAUUGAUCCACAAUUCCACAUCACUCCACCUUUUUUGUUUAAAUUCAAAAAUCUCCAAUAUUGUAUUUGUACCCACUAAGUCACUAACCUCCAUUAUUAAUUUAAAAAAUUAAUACUUUAACAAAAACAUCCACUCAUUAGAAAAACAGAGAGAAAAAGAGAGACAGAGAGACAGAAACAGAGAGAAAGCCAUUUUGGUGAAUGGCUUCCAUGGCUGCCCUCUUCAUCAAAACUCCAUAUCCCUCUCACACUCACUCCAUCACCAAAUUUCCAAAUACCCAUUUCGCCCCUACCUUCAGAGUCUCUGUUUCCGUGCCUUCGGGUCGAAUAAAACGGAGGCUCCGAGUUUCGUCCGGCUUGAUUGAACCCGACGGUGGGAAGCUCGUGGAGCUUCUGGUUGAUGAGCCUCUCAAGGAUUUAAAGAAACGAGAGGCUUUGUCUCUGCCUAGAAUCAAGCUCUCAAGCAUUGAUCUUCAAUGGGUCCAUGUACUCAGCGAAGGUUGGGCAAGCCCACUCCGUGGGUUUAUGAGAGAAUCUGAGUUCCUCCAAACGCUUCAUUUCAACACGCUCCGACUCCAAAACGGGUCGGCCGUGAACAUGUCGGUGCCGAUUCUUUUGGCCAUCGACGACUCGCAAAAGCACCUAAUCGCCGAGUCCACCAAAGUUGCUCUCUUUGACUCUAACAACAAUCCGGUCGCUAUUCUCAAAGAUAUUGAGAUCUACAAGCACCCUAAAGAAGAACGGAUUGCCCGAACAUGGGGAACCACUGCCUCUGGCCUACCUUAUGUUGAAGAAGCUAUAGCAAAUGCUGGAAACUGGCUGAUCGGAGGUGACCUAGAGGUUUUAGAACCGAUCAACUACCAUGAUGGCCUCGAUCGUUUUCGCUUGUCUCCCACAGAACUCCGUGAGGAAUUUACAAGGCGCAAUGCUGAUGCAGUGUUUGCGUUUCAACUCCGAAAUCCUGUGCACAAUGGUCAUGCUUUGCUGAUGACUGACACUCGUCGUCGACUACUUGAUAUGGGCUACAAGAAC